CAAAGCAGAGUAAUAAAGUAGUCUGUUGCUGCAGCUGAAAGUAGAGUUAGUGGUAACACACCGGUGAUUAUAACACCACGCUCAACAUCAACAUAUUCUAUUAUAUACUUCUGCACACACACUCUGAGUAUCGUUGCUGUUGAUGACUACAAAGAAGCUGCACUGAGCAUUCUGAAACAGUUUUAUUUGUAUUGGACACACUAAUCUCGUUAAAGAUCUGUGGAUUUGCAGAAGCAAUGGGGAACUGUGGUACUAGAGAGGAGUCUCCUGUGAUUCCUAACGCUCAUCAUCCAGCAUCGGCGUCUGUUGCGGAGAAGAAGCACAGUCGUUCUGUUUCAGAUCUAAGCGAUCCUUCUUCGACGCCGAGGAAAAUCUUCAUUGAGGAUUCUAGGAAGAAUGCUUUGCUGUAUACUCAUGUGAUUCCGUUUACUCUUUUUGAGCUGGAGACUAUUACAAAGAGUUUUCGGUCGGAUUAUAUUCUCGGACAGGGUGGGUUUGGUACUGUUUACAAGGGAUAUAUUGAUGAGAAUCUUAGAGUUGGCCUGAAAUCUCUUCCAGUUGCGGUUAAAGUUCUUAAUAAGGAAGGUCUUCAGGGUCAUCGUGAGUGGCUUACAGAGGUCAAUUUUCUAGGUGAGCUCAGGCAUCCAAAUCUUGUUAAGUUGAUUGGAUAUUGCUGCGAGGAUGAUCAUCGGUUACUAGUGUACGAGUUCAUGUUCCGCGGAAGUCUUGAGAAUCACCUUUUCCGAAAGGCCACUGUUUCACUAUCUUGGUCAACGAGGAUGGUUAUUGCUCUUGGAGCGGCAAAAGGGCUUGCUUUCCUUCACAAUGCUGAGAGACCAGUUAUAUACCGUGAUUUCAAAACUUCAAAUAUUUUGUUGGAUUCUGAUUAUACAGCUAAGCUCUCUGAUUUUGGGCUUGCAAAAGCUGGGCCACAAGGUGAUGAAACACAUGUAUCAACCCGAGUGAUGGGUACCUAUGGUUAUGCUGCCCCCGAGUAUGUGAUGACUGGACAUCUAACUGCCAGGAGUGAUGUCUACAGCUUUGGAGUUGUUCUUUUGGAAUUGUUAACAGGAAGGAGGUCUGUGGACAAAACACGGCCAAGCAAGGAGCAGAGCUUAGUCGAUUGGGCCCGACCAAAAUUAAAUGACAAGAAAAAGUUGCUGCAGAUUUUAGACCCUAGAUUAGAAAAUCAGUAUUCAGCCAAGGCAGUGCAAAAAGCUUGUAGCCUUGCUUACUAUUGCCUAAGCCAGAACCCAAAAGCAAGACCUUUAAUGAGUGAUGUGGUUGAGACGCUAGAGCCUCUGCAAAGCAGUAAUGUGAAAGAACUUUCACCAUCAGUCCCACCUAUGAUGGGAGCUGGCGGUUCCUUUGCCAUGGGUGGGUUUUCUGAGUACAGGAUGCAUCAUAGAUUUGCUGGCACAGUAGGUGCACCUGCUGGUUUUCGGUCUCCAAACCCCAACUGUUCUCCAGGCGGCCCUGCAGCAUGUAGGGUUAGAUAAGAGACUGUCGAUACUUUUGUACUAUAUCAGUGUUUUAUUUUGUUUUGUUUUUCACUCUUGAGGAUGAGUAGUUUGUUGGCUGCUUUACGCUUGAUGUACAUGGUAACUGUGUUUCAAGCCUGUACCAAAUGAUGUUUUAGUUUUAUGAAAAUGCUUGUCAGCACCAA